UAAAGCCAAUGAAGGAUGCAACCAUGCUGAUGUCAGAAGAGCGCAAUCCAACAGUUUCUCUCAUUGCCCCUAUAAAUGCACAACUUCUCCAGAGCAUGACAGACACGAUGGGAGACACACCCAUGAUCCAUGAGAUCAAGAAUUCUAUUAGAACAGAUCUCCAGAAGAGGUACAGCAGUGAGGCCGAGAAGAAGAUCCUUCAUACAGCCUCUGCACUGGAUCCUCGCUUUAAGGGACUGCCUUUCAUCCUCACAGAUGAAGAAAGAUUGGAGAUAUUUAAAGGAGUCACUGAGGAAGCUGCAUCCUUGGAGAUUACAUCAGAUGAGAGUGAGAGGACACAAGAGGAUCAUCAAGUGCCUAGAAGAAAACAAACUCUGGAAGAAGAGGACAGUUCACCCAUCGAAGACAACCAUUCUCCACCAUCUCCUCCCAAAAAGGCCAGAUCGCUGCUCGUGAGUUUGCUGGGACAGUCUUUCACUGACACUGAAGGUACAAUAGAACCCAAAAAGACCCCCUAUGCCAAGGCUGAAGAGGAAAUGGAAAACUAUUGUAAAGCCCCACCUCUGCCUCUCACUGAGGACCCUUUGAACUGGUGGCGUGAGCAUGAGGUCAUAUUUCCCCUCCUUUCUCGGCUGUCAAAGCAAUACUUGUGUAUCCCAGGUACAAGCGUGUCUGCAGAGCGGGUUUUCUCCACUGCAGGAGAUGUGGUAACUGCAAAAAGAAGCGCCCUCAAACCAGACCAUGUAGAUCAAUUGGUGUUCUUACAGAAAAAUCUACAUGUUCCCAAAUGCUGAGCAGUGUUUUUAAUUUUAUAGAUUUUGUUUAUAGCAUUGUCUCUGCCACUGAAAUUUUUUAUUUCUCUGUCUCCCCUGCCAGACUCCCCUUUUC